CAUCGUGCUGGCCUGGUACUCCACACACCGCUCAAAAGCCACUUGUCUUCUCCUGCCUGGGCCUUAGCUUGACUUCCAAGAUGCCUCAGUUACUGCAAAACAUUAACGGGAUCAUCGAGGCCUUUGGACGCUACGCCAGGACAGAGGGCGACUGUGCAGUGCUCAACCGAGGGGAGCUGAAAAACCUCUUGGAGCAUGAGUUUGCCGAUGUGAUCGUGAGACCCCACGACCCGGCAACCGUGGAUGAAGUCCUGCGCCUGCUGGAUGAAGACGGCACAGGGACUGUGGAUUUCAAGGAAUUCCUGGUCUUGACGUUUAAAGUGGCCCAGGCAUGUUUCAAGACCCUGAGCGAGAGUCCUGAGGGAGCUUGUGGCUCUCAAGCAUCUGGAAGCCUCCACCCUGGGGCCUCACAAGAGCCAGGGGGAACACAGACAGCUGGCACUCAAGUGGGAAGGUUGGGGAAAGGGCAGCAUCACGAGGAGAUUGGCCACGGACAGAGAGAGCAGGCAUCUGGAGGGCAGGGCGGGACUGGGACUCAGAUCCAGGGUCAGGACAUCGGCUCCAUGUGGGUCAGUAGCUAUGACAGGCAAGCUGAGUCCCAGAGACAGGAGAGAACGAGCCAGCAGACACAAGCACCUGGGCACAGGGUUCAGACACAGAGAGUAACAGAAAGCAACAGUCAUCAGACUAGAGAGACGAGGUCAGAGACACAGUCACAGACCAGGGACCAGGACAGAGCACACCAGACAGGUGAGAUGGUGACUGGAGCUGGAGCUCAGACCCAGGCAGGUACCACCCAGACCGUGGAGCAGGACAGGAGCCAUCAGAAAGGAGGCACCAGCCACCAGACACAGCAGUCCACCCAAGGCCAGAACAGAGGGACUGAGACCCAAGGUCAAGACAGGAGCCAGACCAGCCAGGGAGUGACAGGGGGACGUGUCCAGACACAGGCAGGGUCACACACCCAGACCGUGGAGCAGGACAGGAGCCAUCAGAAAGGAGGCACCAGCACCCAGACACAGCAGUCCACCCAAGGCCAGAACAGAGGGACUGAGACCCAAGGUCAAGACAGGAGCCAGACCAGCCAGGGAGUGACAGGGGGACGUGUCCAGACACAGGCAGGGUCACACACCCAGAUUGCAGAGCAGGAUAGACACCAGACUCUAAGCCAUGUAGGGGCUACAGGACAGGGACAGACCCAGACGCAGUCAGGCAGUGGUGAAAGAUGGACACAGGUGAGCACCUAUGAGGCAGGAGAGACAGUGCUGGGAGGACAGGCCCAGGCUGGGGCAACCACCGUGCCAGGAAGACAGGACUGGAGCAGCACUCACCCAACAUGCAGUGUGACAGGAGGGCAGGGAGAGAGAGAGCCUGCAGUGGUUGGCGAAGAGUGGGUUGAUGACCACACAAGGGAGGUAGUGAUCCACAGGCAGGACCAGGGCAGCCUGCACACCGGUGUCCCUUCAGCACAGGGCCAAGGUGCGGCCCAGCCAGAAGGCAAGCGAGGCACCGCAGCUACAAGGCUGUAUUCCUACUUCAGAAGCAGCAAGUCGUAACUCCCUCUGACACCAAUGCCCAAUACCAAAGAAGACAGCUGCAGAGAGGUUGACUUGUUCUGCCCUGGCCAGUCCAGUUGGUAUGUCCCUGGACAUCAGCUCUUAAUCAUGGUGCUUCCCUUUUAGGUCUUUCUCAAUGAGAUCAUUUCUGCAAGGUACUUUCUAUCCUAAACUCCUCUUUUACCUGCUUUGCGGUGCAGACCCUCUCAGAAGCAGGAAGACAUUGGAGCAAGUCAGCCCACUGUGCAAAAUUCUCCUCAGUUUGCAGGGGGUUUUCUGGACUACUUUUAUCUCUG